AAUCUCCCUCAACAGUAAUAAUGCUUUAGUAACAUGCCAUUGUUUACCAAAUGGGUAGAGGUUGAACAAUAUUAAUAUCACCACAUGAACCACAUGCGCACUACUUCUUUCUUCUUCCUCCACCACCCAACUUUGUUCUGUCUGAUGGGUGUGUCUCUGUAACUUGAGAGCCACAUGACCAAUAGGAAGACAAACUAACUCUGGAAGUUAGUGUAUUUCUUCCGCAAACUUUUUAAGUUUUUUGCUGUGUCGUAAGAGAAGCAGGGAGAGCAGGCCACCGUCCAACAACACUGGAACAAAACUAAUCAGUGUGACACCAGCAAAGAUGGCAAACCAGCUACAGCAGCUUGUAGCGGAUAGGAAGGAUAUGGUGGAGACUGUGAUGGAAGUGUUUGAACAUGGAGCUGAAAUGGUGGCCAGUAUCGCCGGCGACCUUUUCCCCAUUUUCGCCAUCGCUGCUCCCAUUGUUAAACUGGCUCUGGACAAUGUGGAAAGCAAAGAGGCUGUGUUCAUGAAGGAGCAGUUUCAGAAGGUGAGAGAUCGUCUGGAGGGGGUAUCCGAGGAGAUUCAGCGGAUCAACGAUGAGAUCAAGAAGAGCGGAUUGGAUGCUGUGUAUUUCCCCGUGGAGGAGAACAUCACUAACCAGUUCAGGAAGUACAUGGACAUUCUCAACGCCAAACCCAAGUUCCGGGAGGUCAAGAAGAAGCUUUUCCUGGAUCAUUUUUCCAAGACCGGCGGUGACAAAAACCUUAUCACGCUCUACAACUCUGUGACGGGAGAGAACUUCUCUGGGGAAUCUGUGCUCGAGAUCACACUGAACUACGAGGAGAAAAGUCGCCGGCCGGUGGAGGACUUCUGCGCCAGGCUGAAGAAGCUCUUCUGCAUCGGGCUCAUCGCACUUCUGGGCCACGCCGCUCUGAAGGGAUACGACGAGGAGGAUGCGCUUCUGAAAGAGUGGGGCGAGAAGAUGAAUACUGUCCAGGCUAAAAUGAAUACUGUCAUUGAAGACUGCAUCAUCAGCUUCCCCAAACAGGCUGAGAUGGAUUCCCGUCAACUGGUGCGAGACGAGUCAAACCUAACCCACCAGCAGCUCGCUGACGCUAUCGUAGAGAAACUAAAGAAGAAGUAUGACUGGGUGGGCUGGUCCGUGCGUAUAUUCAAGUCCCCUUCAGGCUUGUUUGCCAACAAGAAGGAUUACCACUGCCCGACAGGGAAGAGUCGCUUCCAGGUCCCUUCAUCAGAUGAGAAACUCAACGUCUGGGUGUCCUACAGCUCCUCGCCAGAGCCUGUGGAUAAGAAUCACAUCCAGCAGCUGAUCCAGAGUCAGAAGAAAGUCACGGUGGUGAGUGUAGCAGAGGUCCUGUUUGAGAAGCUGCCCGGCGCCUGCGUGGUCCACACGGUCAAAACCAGCAAAGACCUGGCCUGCUCCUGGAGCUUCACAGAUGAGCUCUACUACUGGCAGGAGCACAAAAACUUCUACGUCAGCGUCCACUCGGCUUGAAGUUUUAGACGUCGAAAAAACACUCAAAGGUCAUUCAAUGAUUGUAGGUUACACUAUAUUUACACAGUCUAUGCCUCUGCUUAGCCUCUGCAGGGAAAUACUACACAGUAUGUGCCUUAAUUGAAUCUCUCUAAUAGUCUUUUUUUUACUGAGUUAUUCUCUUUCUCUAAGAUUGUUAUGUUCUGUGAGUUGUAUGCACCAUAUCAAUAACAUUUUCUUUAUAGAGCCCUAAUAUCACACAUUUGCUUCAAGGGCUUUUCCAAUCUCUGCAGCUCAAUACAAAACCCUCUGACCCUCCAUUAGGAUUUAAACCUCAGGAGGGAUCGCUCUUCCAGGACGGACAGACAUGCAAUAGAUGUCAUGUGCACAGACUUCCACAAGAAAGUAACAUAAACUAUAUUCUUUAACUAAGAAUACUAACCUUUAUGAUCCCGUACGUGCUUUGUGUAUUACUCAGAAGAGCUCAGCCCCUUUGUUGAAGAUGUAUAAUCUCCCAGUGUCUCCUUUUUGUUAUGAAAUUGGUCAAUCGUGUAACCUGAUAAAGUUGGCAGUUGGCGAGAAAUCUACAACUGUGUUUUUUACUGUCACUGUAAAUUUCCAGAGGACGUGGUUGUUUUCUUCGGGGGGGGGAAGUUCCUGACUUAGAAUCCGGCUGUCAUACAGAGAUUAUGUGUUGCUGGUAGUGAUAAGCGGUGACCUUCGCCUUCUUGAGGACAUACACACCAAAGAUACUGAGGGGAAAAAUGUCUCCAGACGUUUACAGAGAACUGUGACAGAAACCUUUAUUCUGAUUUCAGCACAGUAAACAGUAAACCUCGUCACUGGCUGCUCUACAGCACCGAGAGAGCACGAGAGAGCACGAGAGACGAGGCCUCAAACAACACAUACUGUAGUGAACUGGUACCCAUGAAAACUUUAUCUACACACGCUGCCACGAACAUGCCGAGGCGUAGCGACGGCAAGACUUUGUUUACAUGCAGAUGCCUGGCAUAGCUGUUCUAGUGUCACCUGUGUGGUUGUGCAACACAAUCUGGAAAGUUGUAGACCCACCUGCUCAAGGGUGGAGGAUUUACUAAUAUAAACAGUUAGUUGAAUUUUGGACAAUGUAAAUCUUGGGUUUGGGAUCUUUUGUUUUCAAAUGUUCAAAUGUGACCACGACAUCAACAUUAUGUUGUCAGAACUACAGUGUGUCAUGGAGACACGGCAGAAACUCACCACUGACCGGUUUGAAUUGUUUCAGAUCAUUUGUUUAAUAUUGUAAACUGCUGUAAUCUGUGUGUUGUUUAUAUGUUAUCACCAAUAUAUUUCUUUGACCCAAACAUGCCCCAUAUUUACUGUAGGAUUGUUGAUUUAUCUCGCACUGUUUUAUACUAUUUCUAUUUCCAUACAGUAUAUUUGGGUUUCCAGUGUCCUGUUGGUACACCAAAGCAAUGAAUGUAAAACAUCUUCCAAAUAAACUCAGUCGUACGUCA